UUUAAUUCUUAAAAAUAAAGAAGAAAAAAAAGUUGACUCCGGUUCGAGAUGAAGUCCCCAAUGGUCUCCUCCGUCCUUCAUUCGUCGUCGGAAUUGCUUAUCUUCUCUCUUCUUCUUCACCUCCUCUUUCCGACGGCCUAUCACUGAUUGGAAUCCACACUCUCUCCUUCGCCGAGCGUCCAACUAAACCGCAUUUUUCACUUUAAUCUUUACUCUUUUUUGUAGAUCUCAGUCUUUGAGUUAAGCGAGUGAAGAUUAAUUAUCGAAGACGAAUCAGGCAAGCCGAGUUUCGGAUUUCUCUUGAUUAGUUGAAUUCUUGUGAAUUCAUCAAAAUGAAACCUAAUUGGGAGCUUAAGCACUGCUGCAAUCACGAGCAAGUUGUGUUUCUGAUCACCGUUUCUGUUUGUACUGUUGUUAUAUUAGCGCUCUGGAGGACGAUACUGCUGAAACCAUUCAAACUUGUCACCGUGUUUCUUCACGAGGCCAGCCAUGCCAUUGUUUGCAAGCUUACCUGUGGUCAUUUUGCAGGUAGAAGGAAUUCAGGUUCAUGCGGAUGAAGGUGGCGCUACGCAAACACGUGGUGGCGUGUAUUGGUUGAUCUUGCCUGCCGGAUAUAUUGGCUCAUCAUUCUGGGGAAUGCUCUUAAUACUAGCGUCUACAAAUCUUCUUACUUCCAGAAUAGCUGCAGGGUGCUUUCUUGUUUCCCUUCUUGUUGUACUUUGUGUAGCUAAGAAUUGGACUCUUCGCGGACUCUGCAUUGGAUUCAUCGUUUUUCUUGGUGUUAUCUGGGUCCUGCAAGAAACAACAAAAGUGCGUGUUCUCCGUUAUGUAAUCCUCUUUAUUGGUGUAAUGAACAGCCUAUUCUCAGUUUACGAUAUUUAUGAUGAUCUAAUAUCCCGAAGAGUUCAUUCAAGUGAUGCCGAGAAAUUUGCAGAAGUGUGCCCUUGUCCAUGUAACGGUGUUGGAUGGGGUAUUAUUUGGGGUUUUAUAUCUUUCAUCUUUCUUUGUGGAGCUAUGUACCUUGGUCUUGUUAUCUUGUCUUGAGGUUCGGGUGAUUUUAUUGUUGAAGAACUCAACUAAUUCUUUGGACGUGAAAAUAUGAAUAAAGAUUGGAAUUUUCAUGGAAAGGAACGAACGUUGGGGUACUCUGUCCUCUUUGUAUUCAACAAUUUGGGGAACUCUGUAAUUUGAUUUUUAUUGAUUCAGAGUUGAAAAUUUUUUAUUACCAUAGAAAGCUGUAUGAAAAAUUAAAAGAAAACACACAUUACCUUAAUUGUAAUUAUAAAGAGAUAAUCCCAAAAAUAUAUUACCUCAAUUCUUGAUGCA